AUGUCCCAAGGCCGCUGCUAUUCUCUCAGAAGUACCUACAAUGCGCCACCCCUGUCUGCCAUCAACCAUGGAUGUCAUCCUAUCAGCUUGGAAGAAGGAUUGAUUAUACCCAGCAGCUGCCAUGGCAGAACCUGGCUCCUGGAUAAUUUUCAAGAAUCCUGCAGUGAGACCAGCUCCAAAGGCACCAACCGUGAACAGGAAAUGUGCAGGGAGGAGGGAUGUUCACAAACCACCUGCCACUCCGGAGGGGUCCAAACGGCUUGUUCUAAGUCCAGGUGCUGGGAAAAGACAACGUGCCAAUCACAGAGUUCCUCGGCAACGUCGGAGUGUGUGUCUCAGUCUUGCCAGCCAGGGAACAGCCAGCAAAUGGGUUUUGGAGGGCAGAGAGGACCAGCAUUCCUGGUGAAGCGUUGUCCGCACGACACGUACGUGAGGAAGAGUUACCAAAGUCUGGAGUGUCAAUCUAGCCAGUGCCAGUCUCAGGGUUCCGAACCCCGUGCCUGUAGCCUCGCCUCCGCAGGGAAACGACUCCUGAAAUCUUCUAGCACUCAUGAGCCAACUUGCUGUAUUACUGGUGGUUUGUAA